AUGCAAGAAAUCUCACUAGCUCCGAAGGUCCUUCUGGUUUCUGGGAGACGGAUCCUCGCUUGGACCAUUGUUGAAUCACUUUUGAAAAUGGGUAGGCAUUACACGGAUGCGUAUCAUUUAACUUUCACUCACGGCACGCCAAACUCCAUAACUUCAUCCUUCUCGACAGCUCAGAUCAUCAAAACUCAACGUCAGCUUUGUCUUCAGAAUGCUGAUAAGACUGGGUCUAGUUUGGUCGAUGUCCUAUCGAGGUUCCGAAAGACGCUCGCAACUGAUCCUCGCGACAAGGUCUUUGGAUUGUUGGGUUUGACCACUGAUGAUUUGGGAAUCAUUGCAGAUUAUUCCAUUGGCGUCCAGGCAGUCUUUGCAGACGUUGCCGCCAAGCUCAUCAACCAUGAUCAGAAUCUCGAUCUCAUUUGCCAAAGCCAGUGGCAUAACUUUGGCAGUUCAGAGCGUCGGCAGGAUCUUCCCAGUUGGAUACCAGACUUCACGUGGCGUGGGAAAGGCGAAUUCCUUUUUGCACAGAGAGGGAUUUUUCGUGCUGGUCGAGCAAACUGCACUGUCCCCAUUGAGGUUGAUGCGUCUGGAAACCUUUCACUGAACGGAUAUCUCAUCUCGUCCAUAUCCGUUGACAACGAUACUUUCGAGGUAUUGAAUCGCGAGUACCGCGGAAUAUGGGUAGGCCCGGCAGAGUACGAGACCAUGAUGGAUUUGUGGGCGAAGGCAGGUAUCGCUGACAAUGAGUAUUCUCCCACUGGAGAAAAUUCUUUCCAAGCAUUUUGGCGAACAAUUGCUGCAGACUGCCAGGGCCCUUCCGCAACACAACGUAUGGCUCGAUUAAGCGAUGAAGACAUCGCGAGUGAUCAAGCUGCACUUCAAGCAAUUCGAGAACGGGCAGAGCAACCUCGAAAUCCAUCACUCGAGGAUGAUAUUCUGUCUUACAUCGAUAUAUCAGAUCUGCGAUGCUAUCGAAUGACAUCUACAAUGCUGAUGGAUUGGCGGUUUUGUAUCACGGACUCGAAGCAUUUCUCCAUGAUACCUAUCAGCUCAGAGCCAGGAGAUGUACUAGUUGUCUUGGAUGGAGCCAAAGUCCCUAUUGUACUCCGACCUCUUCCGGAUGAGGUCACCCUGGAGAAGUUCCAAGUAGUUGGCGGGGCUUAUGUUCAUGGCUUGAUGGACGGAGAAGCAAACGCUGGGAGGUGGAAAGAGCGAGAAUUUUGUAUUUGCUAA